GAGUCACGUGACAUUGAUGAUAAACACUCGGCUUCCCUCCCCCACCGGGACACGUAACGACACCAGAUCCGCCCCUCCCCCAGCACCCGAGGGUGUACACCCGAAAACGGCGACUACCGCGGCUGACCACGAUAGUUGACAUGUCCAUUCUGCGAUGAGGAUUUCGUGUGGAAUUAUGUAACACCUUAAAAUUCUGCUCCGACUCAUCGACAUGGAAACGAUGUGAAAUCGUGAAGAUUUGAUGAAAAAAUGUACUCUUAUAAUUGACGGAAGGCGCACCCCGAGGGCGGCUCGGCCCGGACGUCCCUCCUCAUCCUCGUCUCCAUAUUCCUCUCCGCCGCCUCCAUCAUGUUCCUGGUCUACAAGAACUUCCCGCAGCUCAGCGAAGAUGAGCGCGAGACGAUAAAGAUCCCGCGGGACAUGGAGGACGCCAAGGCGCUGGGGCGGGUGCUGUCCAAAUACAAGGACACCUUCUACGUGGAGGUGCUGGUGGCGUAUUUCACCACCUACGUCUUUCUGCAGACGUUCGCCAUCCCCGGCUCCAUCUUCCUGAGCAUCCUCUCCGGAUUCCUCUACCCCUUCCCCCUCGCCCUGUUUCUCGUGUGUUUGUGUUCCGGUCUGGGGGCCUCAUUCUGCUACUUGUUGUCCUAUCUGGUGGGGCGGCCGGUGGUCUACAAGUAUCUGACAGAGAAGGCGGUGAAGUGGUCGCAGCAGGUCGAGCGACAUCGGGAUCAUCUGAUCAAUUACAUCAUCUUCCUGCGGAUAACGCCGUUCCUGCCAAACUGGUUCAUCAACAUCACGUCCCCCGUCAUCAACGUCCCCCUCAAAGUGUUCUUCCUGGGAACGUUUAUAGGGGUGGCUCCUCCAUCGUUUGUCGCCAUUAAAGCGGGCACGACGCUCUACCAGCUCACCACAGCGGGGGAGGCGGUGUCCUGGAACUCGGUCUUCGUCCUCAUGGUCCUCGCCGUCCUCUCCAUCCUUCCCGCCAUUUUCCAAAACAAACUGAAAAAGAAAUUCGAGUGAUUUCACGUUUUCCGCUCGCGUCUCCGGAUGCGUUAUGGAUUUUAUGGAGUUAAAGACUUCUGGACCUUUCCAAUCGGAGGACUUAUUUUAUUUAGAACUUUUUACGUCUCCCCCCAUGUCUGAGCCUCAGCGAGGGGGGGGGGGGGGGGCGACUAGAACUUCAAUAAUAUUCUGAUUUUUACAACAGCUAAAGUGUUAAUACUUGAUGAUUUAACCAGCCGGGGGCCGCACCGGGGCCCCUCACCCAUAACUGAUGCUACAGCGGACGAUGGGAGGGGAGACCUGCGCUAAACCGGAACCCCCCAACGCUCCUCCACACCGGCCUCUAACUGAGCUCUUAAAGGGGUACUCCACUCCCCAACGAUCUGAGCAUUUUAGUUCCGAACACUAGGUGUGGGCUUCAUGGGGUUGCCCCGCCCCCUUGUGAUGUCACACCCCCUCCCAUAGACUUGCAUUGAGGGGGCGGGGUGUGACAUCACAAGGGGGGUGGGGGAACCCCCGAAGCCUACACCUAGCAUUCAGAACUAAUUGUUCAGAUCGUUGGGGAGUGGAGUACCCCUUUAAGCCAAAUACUUCCUUGUAUGCUAUGACUGAACAGAGUAUAAUAUCUCAUAGGGCAGUGUUCUCCAAUCUGUCUCAGAACUACAACUCCCAGCAUGCCUGAACCUCUUUCGCCCGUCUGGUAAUGUUGGGAGGUGUCGUUGUGUAACAGCUCGAAAGAUGUCUGUCUGGGAAUGCUGGGAGUUGUAGUUUUAGCAACAUAAAUUAGAUCUGUCAAGGCCUGCUGGGAGUUGUAGUUAAAUACCAGCAGAUGAGGGGCAUGCUGGAAGUUGUAGUUAAAUAUCAGCAGAUGAGGGGCAUGCUGGGAGUUGUAGUUAAAUACCAGCAGAUGAGGGGCAUGCUGGGAGUUGUAGUUAAAUAGCAGCAGAUGAGGGGCAUGCUGGAAGUUGUAGUUUAAUGCCAGUAGAUGAGGGGCAUGCUGGGAGUUGUAGUUUAAUGCCAGCAGAUGAGGGGCAUGCUGGGAGUUGUAGUUAAAUAUCAGCAGAUGAGGGGCAUGCUGGGAGUUGUAGUUAAAUACCAGCAGAUGAGGGGCAUGCUGGGAGUUGUAGUUAAAUAUCAGCAGAUGAGGGUCAUGCUGGGAGUUGUAGUUUAAUGCCAGCAGAUGAGGGGCAUACUGGGAGUUGUAGUUUAAUGCCAGCAGAUGAGGGGCAUGCUGGGAGUUGUAGUUAAAUACCAGCAGAUGAGGGGCAUGCUGGGAGUUGUAGUUAAAUAUCAGCAGAUGAGGGUCAUGCUGGGAGUUGUAGUUAAAUAGCAGCAGAUGAGGGGCAUGCUGGGAGUUGUAGUUUAAUGCCAGCAGAUGAGGGGCAUGCUGGGAGUUGUAGUUUAAUGCCAGCAGAUGAGGGGCAUGCUGGGAGUUGUAGU